UUUGACCUUGACAUCGUAACAAUAUACAGUAGUUACUUUGUUUAUAUGAUGGGUGGAUCAUCUCAAAUAGAAAUGUAUCAGAACUGAUAAUAUUUAAUAUAUAUCCUUAUUUAAAAGGAAGAAGUGAUUUUGACAUCGUCAUUACAAUGGCUUCUGCGAGAGAAGGAAAGGGAACGACCCGUGUUGGUUUUGUAUGUCAGAGAUGUUAUCAACCACUGAAAUUGGAUCCUUCCUUGUUGUCUUUGGACGAAGAAACUAUCGCUGAGCUUACAGUACCAUUUCCUGAAUUUGUAGCCCAGACUGAUGGUGGGGAAGACACAACUGGGAAGUAUGACCCUUCUUUAUGUGAGACUGCUGUCAAUGUAGAUGGAGAUGAUACAGUAAUAAGGAGAAUCAUUUCUCCUGCAAGACUUCAGUCACUGGAGGGUGGUUUUACUCUGAUUGGAGACUCACAGCCCAUAAAUACAGAAAACCUCAGCGACAGGCUUAAGGUCACAAGCCAGUUGUUUGAUAUAAUGUCUGGACAGUCAACUAUUGAUCACCCUUUGUGUGAGGAAUGUACAGACACUUUAUUAGACCAGCUAGACCAGCAGCUUAAGAUUUCGGAUGAUGAACUCAAAGAUUACAAAGUCUUUUUUGAGAAGCUGAAUGACAAACCAUCGCUAGAUGGUGAGGCCUUGUCAAAGGAACUUGAAGAACUUAGAAAAGAAGAACAAGAACUGAUAAAGAAAUUAGAAGAAAUUGAAAUGGAAAGAAGCAAAGUGGCUGAAAAACUUGAGGCAGAGAAAGAGAGAUCUAAGCAAUUGGAGAUUGAGGAAAAUAAGUAUUGGAUGGAAUUCAGUGAGUAUCAGAAGGAACUCUUGGAAUCUGAAGAUGAGCAGCAAAGUGUUGAUAAUCAGAUGAGAUAUGCCCAAGCACAACUAGACAAACUAAAAAAGACAAAUGUAUUUAACAGUACUUUUCACAUAUGGCACAAAGGUCACUUUGGAACAAUCAACAACUUCAGGCUGGGUCGACUGCCAAGUGUGCCCGUUGAGUGGAGUGAAAUAAAUGCUGCAUGGGGUCAAACAGUCUUGUUAUUACAUUCUCUUGCCAGAAAGAUGAACUUAACAUUUGAGAGGUAUCGUUUGGUUCCUUAUGGAAAUCAUUCCUAUCUAGAAUCACUGACGGACAAGUCAAAAGAUCUCCCUUUAUAUGGCUCUGGUGGAUUUAGAUUCUUCUGGGACACAAAGUUUGAUCAGGCAAUGGUUGGAUUUUUAGACUGUCUACAACAGUUUAAAGAAGCUGUUGAAAAAGUGGACAAGAGGUUUUGCCUUCCAUAUAGGAUGGAAAAAGGAAAAAUCCACGAUUCAAGUGGGAAUGGCGGAGCUUUUUCCAUCAAAAUUCAGUUCAACUCCGAGGAGCAGUGGACCAAGGCGUUAAAAUUCGUGCUGACCAACUUGAAGUGGGGACUAGCGUGGGUUUCGUCCCAGUUUACUGAAAAGUGACUCUGUCAGGCGGUCAGCCAAGUUUAUGAACUUCUGCAAGAAGUUCAUAAUGUACGAACACAGAGUUUGACUUUGAAUAAUUAGUCUUGAAUGUAGUCUGUGGUUUGCCUUUGAAGGAGUAAUAUAAACAAGACUCUUAAAAGAGAAAAAUUUCAAAUUCUCUAAAGUCCAAUGUAGAUCUUUUCAGAGCAUUUCACAAGGCUUGAACGAUUCCAAUUCUCAUAGUCAUCGUCUUAAAACAUGAAUUAUCCUUUCUUGUGACCACAGAUUUCUCUUUCUUUGAAUUUCAGUUUUGAGAAUUCCACUCCCCCUUAUUUCACGAUUUAUUGAUGUUGAAACAGAAACUUAAAAGAGAAAUAACAAAGAAACAAACCAAAGUAAAAGUAAGGCAUGUUUGUCGUAUAUUAGGUGUGUCGAUUUCUUUUAUUGUCGAAAAAAGGAUUUUAUACAAAAAAAGAAAGACUCUAAAUUGUUGUACAUCUAUUUUGUUGUAUGCGAAUAAAUUCACAGUAACGCA